UUUUCCCUCUCUUUCUCUCUUUUCUCUCACAGUCAGCCUUCCCUUUCUUCUCACGAACACUAACGCCCCUUCCCCUUCCGGUUUUCUUCUCACCGGAAAGCCCCUCCCCCUCUGAUUUUCUCCUCGCCAAACGCCCCCAGUCUUUUCCUUCCAUCUUUGAUUUUCUUCUCAAAAGAACGCUCCCCACCGCCGGUUUCUUCUCGCCGAACGCCCCUCCCCCUCUAAAUUUCUUCUUCUUCGCGGAGCGCCCCCAACAGGAUUUCUUCUUGUUGAACGCCAGUUUCACCCUAAACCCGUUCACCUCAACGAACAGGUCGACCACGUUCUGCCGCCCCAAGCUCCGUCAGGAAUUCAAAAUAACAAGCAUACAGUAUGAGCAAAAUUAUUUAUAUCCCAGAUAAGCUGCCAACUCCACCAGAUCAACAACCCACUGUUAAUGUCUUUGCUGCUGUGGUUGAACCCAAGAUAAUCAAUAAUCUUGUGAGGCAAUUAAAUCAAAUAGUGCCAUUGGAAAAUCUUCGCCAUGUGAAGAGAGUUCAGAAGAAGCACCUUGAAGAUGGAAAGAUUCAAAUAGCAUUGAUCCUAUGUCUUGCAAGUGAAAACAAUUGCGAUUUGGAUGUUUUGCCUCCUUGUGUACAAGAGCUCGUGGCGUCACACAAGUUGAGUGCCUUUAUCACAAAGGUUUGUAAGGAAGCAGCAACAACAAAAGAAGAAUGGGAAGAGCAAUGCAAGCUUUGGCCAACAUCAUAUCAUCCACCCGCAUACAAUAUUGAUGGUAUCACCGGCUUUAAUGAAGUGGAUACACAGUCAAUUUUUGGCUUCAUGCGAUUAGCAAUAGAAUUAGCACAGUCGUCUAGUAAAUCGGUAGUAAAUGCUGCGGUGAUUGUUGAUCCGUCGGUUAGACAAGUAAUUGCAAGUGCCUGUGAUCAUCAUAUUUCCUUCGAGAAUGCUUCCACAAGCAAUAUCAACGGAGAAACAAGCUUUGAAAAAUGCCCAAAAUCUCUUGGUUCUCAUUUUGAUUCCUAUGAAUCCAUUAUCCAUGGAACUUUUCCCUCAAGUUCCUCGUUGGCAAAACUGAAACAAUCAUGUGCAGAUGUUUCCUGUUUGUAUCCCUUACGAUGGUUUGACCAACCAUUACCACAUUCCUCAAAUUCUUGUUGUUGGCACCCUCUAAGGCAUGCUGCUAUUGCAGCUAUUGAAUCUUCUGCUGCCCGAGAUUGUCGUCUGUUCCCAACUCUUGAAACUGUGGGUGAUAAGUCAGUUGAAAUGGAGCAUAUGGACCUUCUGAGGAAACUAGCAAAAAGACAGAAGAUUGACCUUGACAAUGCGAACAACAAUGAGAAUAAAGUAGGUACUGACGGUGAAGGCACAUAUUCUAAAUUAGGCAGACCUUAUCUGUGCACUGGUUAUGACAUUUAUCUUGUGUGGGAGCCAUGUAUUAUGUGUGCAAUGGCACUGGUUCAUCAACGAGUUAGGCGUGUGUUUUAUGCGUUCUCAAAUCCUAGUCAUGGAGCAUUGGGCAGUGCUCACAGACUACAGGGUGAAAAAAGUUUAAACCACCACUAUGCUGUUUUUAGAGUUUUGCUUCAUGAAGAUGUACUUUAAUGGGCAAUGUUCUCAGGCUCCAGGAUUUGUCUGUUCAAUUGUAGCUGAAGCUGUGGAGAUGAUCACGUCUGGUUGUAUUUUAUUAUUAUUAUUAUUUUGGGUACAUCAUGCUUUUAAAUUAAUAUCUAUGGAUGAGUUGGGAGCAACAUUGUAAUUUCAAUCAAAACUAUCAGAAGUUUUCGCAUCGAGGUCA